CUCCCACUUCCACCGCUUCCGGAACUCUCACCAUGAUGGCAACAGCGGCGGCCAAAGCGGUCUCAGACGAAAAGCCGAAGCGCUUUUCGGCGACGGCCAUCGAAUCCGCCACCGGCGCCUCCUCGCUGCCGACCUCUCGCCUCCUCUCCUCGUAUCUCGGCAUCAGCUUCGCCGUGUUCUUGGGCUUUCUUCCUAAAGCCUCCCUCUCCUACGUUCCUUCUCUCCAGUCCCGCAACCGGAUCCUCGCCUUCAAGCUGUUCCAGGCAGAGGAACAACUCCGCCAGCUCCGCUCCCGCCGCCGGGAGGAUGCCAAGGCCAACGCCCGCGUCGCCGAGAUCUUCGCCGGCCACCGCCACGCCUGGCACCAGGAGGAGCGCCGGCUCCUCCACCAGCACUCCGCCGCCGCCGACGAAAUCGCCGCCCUCAAAGCCCGCAUCUCCGAUCUGGAGAAAACGGAAGCGGACCUCAGAUCCUCCGUCGAGAAGCUGGAGAGACAGGUAAGCGAGAGGGAUGAGAUGCUGGAUUUCAUGGCGAGGAAGGCGGAAGGAGGAGGGGAUUUCAAAGAGGCGAAGGAUUUGGGUUUGGAGGAGGAGGAGGAGGAGGAGUUCUCGUCGGGUAUGGGGGGGAAGCUUAGGGUUUCAGAGGAAGGGUUGGAUCCGGUGGUGCCGGAGAGUUGCUUCUUGGAGAGGAACGCGGAGUUGGAUGAGAUGAUGUCGCUCUAUGCUAAACCGAAUGGUUUUGGAAGGGAUUUCUUGCCGGUGGCGGCUUCCAAACCGUGGACGGAUAGAUCGGCCGGAUGGCAGGAAAUGCAUCAUGAUUGCCUUGAACCAGUGUAUGGCAUGAAGCCUUUUGUACCAAGGAGAGAGUACCCUUGGAAAGUAGAUGGUGAAUCGGCAGGAGUGUCCUCUAAGCUUAAAUUGCUGGAGCAAGAAUUAAUCAAUUUGGAGAAAGUUGGGAAGGGAGAGUUGUCCAAGAUGUCAUCCCUGAUGACGAAGCAGGCAAAGAGAUACCAAUCUCUGGCUGGUAAAAUUGAUGAUUUAUGCAGGAGAAUGCAAGUUAGUGAUCCAUGUGAUGCAACACUCAGCCCAGAGUUCCGAACACAAAGACAGACUGAAUUUUUGCUCGAGGCAUUCCGUCUUCAAAACCGGGCUACGGAAAUAAGGCAGAAGCUGAGCACACUGCAAACUGAGACAACCAAGAGCCAUCUGGGGGAUGAGCUAUCAGCACAGACCAAGUUGAGCACAAGGAGAUCUUUGGAUUUGAUCAGAAAGAACUUCAAGGAAAUACAGAGGAACUUGGAAAUCUGGUUGGCCCGAAUUAUGGGGGAUUUGGAGGGUAUUUUGGCCAGGGACAGUGCAUCACGUGUAAGCGAUUACUAUGUACCUCCAUACCCUUUUGUCCAAUGAUUCCACAAUUAUUACUAUCUUCUUGGUGGUUCUACUUCCACCACCUUAUACAGUCUCCUGGAAUUACUUCACAUCUUCAAGCUAACAGAAAAAUUUAGGCAAACACAUUGCUGAAUAAACCAACAAGAGGUGAACAAUAAGGGAAGGGAGUCAGACAGUGCUCUCAUUGUACACACGUGCCUUGGAUGGGUCUACAUGGCGCUUGCCAUUUUUAAGUUUUUCCGGCCUAUAUAUUUCUAGGCUUAUGUCCUAUGCUAGGAGGCAACAUAGAUCCUCAUCUGCUAAUCACUGCCAAAUUCUGUUUAGUUACUGAUCCUGAGCCUUCAACAUCUGCGCGAAGAGGUUGCUUACUGCUGAACAAUAAAAACUCAAUGGCAGUUGUCUCAAGAGGUGAAUGAAGGAAUGCAGGUGCGACAACAAGGCGUACGGUCUGGGAGAUAUGCCAAAGAAGUCUACAGGGACAAAGGAUAAGGAUAUGAGGAUGCAUGAUGCGAAGUACCCGUUUAUUUUGCUGAAAAAUAAACUGGGGUCAAGAAACGGGGCACUAGAACCAGCUCAACCUUCAUUUUGCUGAAAAACACGAAGCACCCGUUUACUGCAAAAUCUUGGACUCUAACAUGGACCCUGCAGAAGAAUUGUCAUGGUAAUAUUAGCCGUUGAAUACAACAUCCGGUGGCUAACAUGUGAUGCAGAUAUCUUCAUUCAAGAUCAGCCAAACAAAAGGAGCCAGAUUUUAUUAGGUAAUUUUGAGUGGGAUUAUUUGUUGUUAUUAUAUACAUAUUAAGGACUGUAUGACUACUUAUAAUUUAAACACGGAAGAACCAGAGAGGUGAACUCAGCUUUGUAUUCAACAUAUUUGAUAUAUAACAUGCAUUUAUGAUA